UUCAAUUUGAGCAGCCAUUCGCUACAGUCAUCAGAGAUCCUCGAAGCCUUUUUGAAGGAGAUGUUGAGGAUACUGCCUCGAGAGAGCUCUCAUUGGUUGGCAUCGGUGGUAUGGGGGUCAUCGCUGCUUACUAUGAAGCACCAAGCGCCUGACUUGCUCAACGUCUACCGUCAAUCAGAGUCUCAUGGAGCUCAACAGGGUAACCCAAUCGAGACGAAACAUUCGAGACGAACUCGAGAAGAACAUCGUGAGAGAUCCCCGGAGCGAGGCUUCAAGCAGGAUGUAUCAUUCAUGGCUGCUGACAUUUUCACCGCUCCUUGAUUAUCCUAUACCAUUCUAUGUCGUAUUACCAUUAUUCUACAAUAACCCUUUCAGCUGUUUC